CUCAUUUCUCCCUCAGUCGUUCAUCGCUCUCGUGUGUGUGUGCGUGUGCGUGUGUGUGAGCGAAGGGGUGUGUACAGUAUGAGUUGAAAUACGUACACACAUACAUACAUACAUACAUACAUACAUAACUAUUCAUAAACAUACAUAGCAGCAUACGUACUUACAUACAUACAUACGUCUCACUACUAUUACUACUACUACUACAACUACUACUACCACCACUACUACCACUACUACUGCUAUUACAUCACGUGUUACAAAUAUGACUCAUGAGUGGUGUUGAAAAAGAGAGAAAGAGAAAGAGGAGAUAAGAAGAGAAAGUAAAAAACAAAGAUAGAGAAAAUGUGAUACGAUUGUUUGCAGGAAAGAAAAUAAAGAAAGGAACUGAACAAAUUGCGUAGAGAGAGAGAGAGAGAGAGAGAGAGAGAGAGAGAGAGAGAGAGAGAGAGAGAGAGAGAGAGAGAGAGAGAGAGGUGUCACCGCUAGCAGAACAAGAUAACAGGUGGUAAUCAGGUACAGCAUCAUGGAGGAAGACAAGUUUAUGUGCAACUCUUCCUAUGUCCCUACCUCAUCUGAAUACUUUGAAGGUUUCGGCUCCUUCAGUUCUACCAUACUCAUCUUCGGGGGCCUCGUCACUCUGGGCCUUUUCAUCCUCUUCUUUGAACAGGUUGUCUUUACUAACCAGACUGCGCACCACGGGGCCAAGAGAAACAUAUACUGGAUUGCAUCUGUUUUCCCUAUGAUGACACUGAUGAGUUUAGUGGCGUUGAUCAUCCCAAGAUCAUCUGAUGUCUGUCUCUCCGUCAAGAUGGUGUACAUUGCUAUAGGCAUCAGCCACUUCACGGACUUGACAAUGGUAAUGUUUGGCGGGGAGGAGCUGUUAGUGGAGCGCGGGGGCAAGGACACCUUCAACCUGCGCCUCUCACCAUUAUGCUGCUGCUGCCGCUGCCUGCCCCGCCCGGCCGUCACCAAGUACUCUCUCCGCCUGAUCAACCUGAUGACGGACCAGCUUCCCUUCGCCCAAGCCACAUAUUACGUCAUCGUGCUUAUCCUCCUCUCAGCUGACCACAUCACCAUGGGAGACGUGAAGCCCUCUGGUGCCUUCCUAUGGCUCAACAUUUUCAAGCUCGCCUCAGCCCUUCUAGGUGUCUACGGCUUCAUGAUCCUGUCCCGCUUCUCUAAGGGCUACUUGGAUGACGACUUCGAGUACAGGAGAAAGUCACGCUCCAUCCAGCUCCUCCUGCUCAUUACCAAUUUCCAGAGCAUGAUUUUCAACAUUAUGGCUAACUACGGUGCCUUCCCCUGCCUGCCGCCUUUCAUCACCCCCACCGUGUACAAGCAGACCGUGGAUAACUCUCUGUACGUGUUGGAGAUGAUGGUUCUGGGCCCCUACACCUAUUGGCAGUACCACGACCAGAUAUUUGCCACGCCCAUCACCGCCGCGUCUUCCUUCAGGGACAGAACAGAGAGCGUGAGCACCACAACCACCAAGAACAGCACCAUUAGCACAACAAUAACCGUAGACCUUAGUGAUAUGGAGGGCAGCACAGGAGAAAGCACCACCACCACCACCACCACCGCCAGCAGAAACAGCAGGGCCCACGUAGCCACAGAAAACGAGAUAAGGGACACGGGAGUAAACAGUGAUGGGCAGAGGAGAAAUAGGUCUAGUUCUCGUGAUAGUAAGGCUAAGAGAAAUAGUACUGGGAAUGGUGAUAGUGUGCAGGGCAGUGGUAGUAGAAGCAGGGGAAGGAAAGGCAGGGAGAAUAGUCGUGGUAGUAGUAAUAAGAGUAGUAGUAAUGGUAGUAAUGGGGAUAGUAGGGAGGAUAGUACGAGGGAUAAGACGAGGAAGAAUAGUAAGAAGAAAAGCACUCCAGCCACUACUAAUAGUCAGGAAAACCAAUAAUAAUCACCGCAACACCACUACUAGCAACACCAACGCCACUUGCAACACCAAAAACACCACUACCAACACCAACAUCACUACUUGCAACACCAAAAACACCACUGCCGACACCAACACUACUUACAACACCAAAAACACCACUAAGACACGCAACACAAGUCCUAGCAACACCGAAAACACGACCAGCAACACCAACAACACCAGGACACAAAACACAAGACCUAGCAACACCAACUCACAAGUAACACCAGCAACACCACUGCCAACACCAGCAACACCACUGCCAACACCAACACCACCACUAUCAACACCAACACCACCACUAUCAACACCAACACCAACACCACCAACACCACUAGGACAAGCAACACAUCCUUGCAACACCAACACCACUAGCAACACCAAUAACAACAUUAGCAACACCAACACCACAGUAACACAAGCCACACCACCACCACCACCACCACCACAACGAGAGCCACCAGGGACAGGAGUGUUACCCCCCAUAGCCCCAAUACUGGUGAUGACGGUGCUAUUCAGGCCCUCAGCACCCCAGCAGCCUCGGCCUCCUCGUCAGAUCAUUAAGGGCAACGAGUAUAGGAGGUUGUAGACGGAGUAAAGGAAGGGAAGACAGAGUAAGGAAGACAAGGUUAAGUAGAGCAGGAUGAGGAGGAGAAGAAGAGAAAUGUUUGUUGAGUCAUGGUUAGUUGACAGAGAGGAGGAGGAGGAGGAGGAGGAGAGGAAGAAGAGAAAUAUUUGCUGAUAGUAAGGAGUUCACUUGGAAUAGACAGACAGCUGACAGGGAGAAGAGAAGGAGAAGGAGGAAGAAGAAGAUGAGGAGGAGGAAGUGAAGAGAAACGUUUACUGAGAGAUAGAAACGUUUGUUGGGGUACGCGGGUAGGUGACAGGGAGAAGAGAAGAAGGAAGAGGAGCUGGUGAGGAGGAGGAGGAGGAGGAGGAAUAGUGUUAAGUGACAGCGAGGAAGAGAGAGAUUUGAAAGUUGACAGGAGUAAGAGGAGUUAAAAUUGUGUUGAUGGUGAUAAUGGUGACGAUGAUGAGGUAAGGGGUGGGAAUGAAGGGUAAAAAAUUAAGGGGUUAUUAAAAUUUAGGUUAGAUUUUAAGGGUGGAGAUUGAUGGAAUAACACACACACACAAAAAAAAAGAAAAAAAACUUAUUAUUCUUUCUUUUCUUUUCUUUUCUUUAUUCACUGUCACACGAAAUAAAAUAAAUGGAAAAGAAAAAUUAGAAAUAUACUUGGCGAAAAAAAAUAUAAUUGAGUAAUAACUGAUACAAAAGAGAGGAAGAAAGUAAGAAAGAGAAGAAAAGAAAGUAAAUAAGGUGUCUUUUUUCUUGAGUCUCCCUUAAAACAGUAAAUUUUCUACGGCGAUAAGGCUUAGAUAAACAUUUGACCCAAAACCAGAAAAAAAAAGAAUACUUUUCUUAAGUCUACCAUUUAACCAACACGUUUUCUAUGUAGCUCUGAUAAACACUUAAACCGGGAAAACUACUCAAAAUACAAAAAAUACAUUCUUAUCUUUUAAAAAUACACGUUUUCUAUGGCAGCAAGUCACAGGGAAACUAAUGUAAAUAGAAUCUUAUGACAAUAUGUAGUUGUCUUGUAAGAGUGAGCCUUGUUAUCUAAUAGAAUCCUCGUCUUAUUCUCUCAACGGGACUGUUUUCAAAUGCCACAGAGAAAUAUUGUUAUUCAUCACUAGAAACAUGAAAACACCCUUGAAAACCCCAAUAACUUCCAUAAAAACUUGUUAAAUAUAUAGAAUACUUGUUAGUCUACCGUUAGAAUAAAAAAAAAACACUUGUAAACCCCACUACCUUCCAUUAGAAUCUGUUAAAAGUGCAGAAAUAUUGUUAAACUAUCAUUGGCAAUAUGAAAACACCCUUGAAAACUCCAGUAACUUCCACUAGAGGCUGUUGAAGUAGGUCUCUCUCUCUCUCUCUCUCUCUCUCUCUCUCUCUCUCUCUCUCUCUCCAGCGUCUUCGUGAUGUUAAAGUCCGUCUAUUAAUUCUGGAUAAUGUUGGUUUAUAUCUUAUUAAAUACUUGUAAAUACUGAUAAA